UUCUUAUUUUCCAUUUUCCUGUUUUUCUCAGAUCAUCAUGGCAUCGCGUCGCUCGCUUUUCGGCAACGACGACGGUGGUGGCAGCGACGGCAUUCGUCGGUCGCCACGCUUUAGCAACGGCAGCGAUGAGAGCGGCCCUCGCGGUGGUCGUGGCGGCUUCAGCAGUGGUGGUCGCGGCGGUGGUGGUCGGGGUGGCUUCAGUGCUCGUGGCGGUGGCUUCAGCAGUGGUCGCGGCGGGUACGGCAGCCGCUCCGACAGCUACGACAGAGGCCAUGACGGCGAUCGUGGCAGCAGUGUGGGUCGCGGGCGUGGACGCGGCGGCAAUGGCAGUGGCUUUGGUGGCCGUGGCCGUGGCGGGGCGGCUCCUCGUGGUGCAAGCAGCAGCGGUCGCUGGGACGGCCAAGGUCAGCAGCCGCCACCGCCGCCGCCGCCGCAGCAGCAGCAGCAGCACUCGAUGGCCGGUCGCAGCCAUCAUCAGCGCAGCAGUCACAGCGGCAAUCACGGCAGCGGUGGCUCUGGCGCUGGUGACCACGACGACGGCGACGACGACGGCCACGCAUCUGGUUCCAACGCGUCGGCCUCGUCCGCCUCGCCCAGCAGCAACAGCAAUAGCAACAGCAACAAUAACAACUACAGUCGUCUGAUUAUCAAGAAUCUGCCAAAGCACUUGACCGAGGCGCGACUUCGCGAGCACUUUGGCCGGAUGCCGCUGUCCCGCGUGUCUGCCAGCCACAGUCACAGUGGCAGUGCAGGAGGUGCAGGAGGUGCAGGCGAAGACGAUCUGCUCAGCGGACGCAGUCACCAAGACAAUGACGAUUCCACCAACAGCUGGCUCACGGGUGGCUCUGGCACUGGCAAUGGCAAUGGCAAUGGCAAUGGUGGAACGGUGCUCGAGGCAAUCACCGACGUCAAGCUCGCAAAGACCGAGGACGGCCUGUUCCGCCGCUUUGGCUUCAUUGGAUUCAAGACACCUCAGGCUGCGCAGGCUGCGGAAGCGUACUUCCAUCGCACGUUCAUCGACACGUCCAGGAUUGAAGUCUACCCGGCAAAGGCGAUCGGCGACGCAGACAUCCCACGGCCGUGGUCGAGGUACUCGGCGGGUUCGUCCGCGUUUGAGCGCAGGCAGCAGGAGCACCAGGUCAUUCUGGCAGACCGCAAGACGGAGGACGAGAAGGCGCGCAAGCUGCAGGAGGCAAAGGCCAAGGCGUCCAAGGAGGCGGCCAACACUUCGUCCCUCUUGCAACAGCUGUACAACGUCGACGACGAUCCAGAGCUCAACGAGUUUCUCGGGGUUGUGGCACCGCGUUCUCAGGCCAAGACGUGGGCCAACGAUGACACGUCCGCACCGACCAGCGCCGCGUCCAAAAAGGCCAGCAGCAAGGCCAAGGCCAAGGCCAAGCAGGCCCAAGGCGAGGACGCUGCUGCUGCUGCUGAUCAGAAAACGCGCGUCGCAAAGUCCACCAUUGCUGCCGUCCAGGCAAAGCGCCCUGGCGGCGAAGGCGUGCUGUACACAAAGACCCACUUGGUGUUCGGCGACGAUCAAAGCGACGACGAGAACGGCAACGACGAUGACGAUGACGACUACCAGGAUUUGCCUGCCGCGUCGAAAGCCAAGUCAGGUCCCUCCUCCGAAGCAAUGGUGCAAGACGAUGACGGCGAUGACGAGCAAGCUGAGGAUGACGACGAGAAUGUGGAGCAGCGACCCAAGCAGCAGCAGCAGAGCAAGCCGACAACAACGACAACGACAACUCCCACAGCCCCCACCGCAACAGCGACACAACCCGCUGCCGACAAACGCGCAUCCAAGUAUCCUGUGGUCUCGGCCGCUGAGGGUAGUGUGUCGAUCGCCGAGUCGGGUCGGCUCUUUGUGCGCAAUCUGCCGUAUACCUGCACCGAGGACGAUUUGAUUGCUCUCUUUUCCAAGUUCGGUCAGCUGGCUGAGGUGCACAUGCCCAUCGACAAGGAAACAAAGAAACCGACAGGCUUUGCCUUUGUGCUCUUCCUCAUGCCCGAGCAUGCCGUGACGGCAUUCCGCGCACUCGAUGGUAGCACCUUCCAAGGCCGCCUGUUGCACCUGCUGCCUGCAAAGGCCAAUGCGUCUGAGGACGAAGAUGCAGACAUGUCUGCAAGCAAGCCGCGCGAGGGCGAGGAUGCGUCAGAUUACCGAAAACGCAAGCAGCAGCGACUCAAAUCCACCAUCUCGGCUGACUUUAACUGGAACACGUUGUUCAUUGGCAACAACACUGUUGCGGACGCCAUCUCGUCCAAGUAUGGCAUUUCCAAGUCUGAUUUGCUCGACCCCGAAGCGGCUAGCUUGCCCGUUCGUAUGGCGCUCGCCGAAACACAAAUCCUCUCCGAGACCAAGACCUUCCUCGAAGAGCAAGGUAUUCAUCUCGACGGCAAGGUGAAUGGCGUUGACGCGGCUGGCGAAGGCAACCGCGGCGUCCUGACAUCUGCACAAAAGAAACUCGAGCAAGAACGCAGUCGAACUGUGAUUCUCGUCAAGAACAUUCCCUUUUCUGCCACUGAAGACGAGCUGCGGCCUCUGUUUGCCAAGCAUGGCGAGUUGAAGCGAUUCGCCCUGCCAUCGACACGCGCGUUGGCUGUCGUUGAGUUUGCGCAACCUUCCGAAGCGCGCUCGGCCUUCCGCAAUCUGGCCUACUCCAAGUUCAAGCAGGUGCCAAUCUAUCUCGAAUGGGCGCCCGUGUCGACAGUGCUGAGCGCCCCAACAAAGGCUGCUGCGCAAACAACCACAGACUCAACAGCGCCGAUGCAAGUUGAGGCUGCCCCUUCUGCGAAAGCCGCGCUCAAGGCCGCAGCGAAGGCAAAGGCCGAUGCUGCUGCUGCCGCCGCCGCUGCUCGCGUGGUCUCGCACACGAGCUCUGGUCCAGGUGAACAGCGCACCUUGUUUGUGAAAAAUCUCAACUUUGACACCUCCGACGCCAGCCUCAAGGACUUUUUCGCGCAAGUCGCGCCAGUCGUCACGGCAACCGUUGCCCGCAAGCGAGACAUGGCCCGCCCCGGCGAGCACUUGUCAAUGGGCUAUGGAUUUGUCGAAUUGCAAUCGCGAGAACAGGCCCUCGAGUGCCUCAAGCGCCUGCAGGGCAAAGAGUUGGAAGACCACGCUCUUGAGCUCAAGUUGUCCGAGCGCGUCAGUGCCGCACCCGUCACACGCUCCAAGCGCUCGGCCGCAUCUGCAGCUGAAGCCGAAGUUCCCGAAAGCACCAAACUGAUUGUUCGCAAUGUUCCGUUCGAAGCCACGCGCAAAGAACUGUUUGACGUCUUUAGUCCGUUCGGUCAGCUGAAGAGUGUGCGCUUGCCACAAAAGCCGGGUGGCCAACAUCGCGGUUUUGCCUUUAUCGAAUUCCUCACCAAGGAGGAAGCCAAGAAGGCGUUCGAAUCCCUCAAAGCCACUCACUUCUAUGGGCGUCAUUUGGUUCUCGAAUGGGCCGCCGAAGACGCUAGCGUUGAGCAGAUGCGCGAAAAGACGGCCGCUCGCUUCAAGAGUAUGACCAAUGCCAACAAGCGAAUCCGUCUGACAGAUGCUGAUCUUGAAAAAUCGGUUUCCGACGACUAAAGCUUUGUUGUUUUUCGAUGCCGAUUUGUUUCAGUCUAAUUCUCAUCCUGCCACCAAUACAUUUUUAUGCUCUCCA